AGAAUGUUCAACCGUAAACUCAUGGAAUGUUCUGAUGACGAAUUCGUUCGUGGAUCUCAAUGUGACGAAGAAGAUGAAGAAGAGCAACAACGACAAUCUUCCCAAAGACCACCAUUUUACGAGAAUAUGCGCACAUUUGCUCCUUCCCAUAUGCAUAUCUCGUGUCAUUAUGAUAUACCGUAUCCUCCACAUCUUAUUCAACCUCCAGUUUGUGGAGUCAGCACUUUUACAUAUGCAAGAGAGUUUCCAGUGAGCAAUUCACAACAGUUCUUCAAUGUUACUCCCCCACAACAACAGCAACAACAAGGGACUGGAGGAAGUGGAGAGGAAGAUUACUGUAUUCCUAAAUCAGAAGAUAGAGAUCACUCAUCUAAUUACAGUCAAGUUGCCACAAAACAGGAUCGUCCAUUCGUUUUCUUUGCUUCUGACUGUCAAUCUCCCCUUGAAAUUGUUGGUGAAGUCUACUGCACUGUUCCAGGACGCACAAGUCUCUUAAGCUCUACAACUAAAUAUCGGGUUACUGUAGCAGAAAUACAAAGACGCAUCAGCCCGCCAGAAUGCUUAAAUGCGUCUCUUCUUGGUGGUAUUUUGAGAAAGGCUAAGUCAAAGGACGGUGGGAAAACAUUGAGGGAUUCUCUCAAGAAACUUGGUUUGACUCUUCCUGCUGGUAGAAGGAAGCAAGCAAAUGUUACAGCUUGGACGGCUUUAGUUGAAGAAGAAGCAAUUCACAUGGCAAAAGAGUUUGCUCUCGUAUGUGAAAAGGAAUUUCAUUCCCGAGAAAUUGGAAUCUACUUGACAAAAACCUCUCUAGCAAUCGAUCCGGACGUUGUAAAGCGGAGAACUGCACUGGAAAUGAGCAGGAAAGUUGUUGGAGAGCUCGCUGAACUUCUCUCCUGUGACCGUACACCUCUUACUCCAUAUUUUCCUAGAAAUAUGCUUCCGAUUGAUCCUUCUGUACAACAGCAUUUAUCACAUUUUACGCUGAUGACUCAUGGUUUCGGAAACGUGGCAAUGAGUGCAGUACUGGAAUCAGUUAAGUUAAUGAUUGAUGAAAGUAUCAAGUAUAUUGAUCGAUGUUGUUCUCAAAAUGUCUGGAGAUAAUUACGCUUUGUCUUCUUGUUGAAUACUUUUUUGAUUGUCUCAAGCAUGUAUGUAAACCACAAAAUUAAUAUAAAUUCGCAAUCAAUAAAAUAAAUUUAUCACAAAA